AUGGGAGCCGCAAGUAGACUUGUGCAGUGCUCAACGGCGAUAGUGAAGAGAAGAUUCCAUCCGGAGCAUUUUGAAUGGUAUGGUGGAAUGUACGGUAAUGGGAUGAUGGGUGGGUAUGGUGCUCCAUAUGGUCAUGGGAAUGUCGAGAGCAACUUUGCCAGAUUGGCCGAAGAAUCAUCUCGGGGAGCUUUCCAAUCCAUAGAGGCUAUUGUAAAUGCAGUGUCAUCUGUGGCGAAUAUGCUCAGCUCGACACAUAAUGCUGUAUAUAGUUCGUUUCGAGCAGUGAUUGGAGUCGCAGAACAGUUGUCCAGACUGAAAAUGCAGAGAAUGUGGCGAUAUUUGCUUGUGCUUCUUCGUUUGAAACCAGCAAAUUAUGCAAGUGUGGAGGAAUUGGCAUGGGGAGAAAUCAAACAGCCAUACGGUUCGGAUCUUCUCGGUGGACCAGGCCGUCCAGUUGUGAAUUGGCCAGCAAUUAUGUUUUGGGUGGUCGCUUUGGGUGGUCCUUGGCUCAUCUAUAAAGCCAUUUCACAAAUGGUACGCUCCGUUGAGGAGAGCCGAAAAUGGGCUACUGGAACUGGCGCCCACUAUACUGCUCAAGCUCUGUACGACUUCCAAGCCUCGAAUGAUCAGGAGCUGUCCUUCAUGAAUGGCGAACUACUCCGAGUUGCUCCAAAGGAGGAGCAACCGCGUGUCCGAGGAUGGCUUCUGGCAAGGUUUCUACAAGAAGCGACCGCCGUCGGCCUCAUUCCAAUCAACUACGUCAAGAUCGUCGGCCGGAAAUCCGAAUCUCCACCUCCCCGAGAGCCAAUCGACAACCUAUCGCGAUUUGAUAUGGCAUUCAAGAAUCCUUCAUAA